AUGCCUGCUACUAUUACUGUAUUGUGCUAUAUUACUGAAUACCACAAGAAUUCUGCUCAUAACCUUUCUAUAGCAGAUACUUUAGGAAUCAUUCGUUCUCGAAGUUUAGAUUCGUCUUUAAAAAUUUUUUUGAAAGGAUUUAGAGAAAAUUUUG